ACUCUCCUUCCCUUCUCACCUCCUCCUCGGAAGUAGACAUUCCUGUCUAUAUUCCGUUCAUUUUCUUUUCAAUAUCAGUUUGGAAGGAUCCCCAUUAGUUUUAUAAUCCCCCCACCAAAUUUCACAGCGAACAUGGAGGCGAAGUUGGACGCUUAGAAAAGAUGACGGAAUCCGAGCUGCUCCUUUAUUUGACCUCAGUUUAAUGGACCGGAUGAUCUGCGUUUCCCACAGCAUUGCAGGGGAGGUAGCUGUAUCCAGUGGGGAGGUUGGCUUUUCCAGGGUUCGUGAUGAAGUUUGCCGAGCCCAUGGAGAGCCGGAAGCUGUCAUCUCUUCUGGAGAAGGCAGUUUCUAGGGAAGCCAAAAUGUGGAAGGUUUACUUGCCAAAGAAACCUACCAACCAGGAUACAGAUAUUUCCCCUGAAAAGCGUGAUGAGGCCGUCCGGUGGUUGAGGGAUGUGCAUUCCCAGCUCAAACUCUAUCCAGAGACCCUCUGCCUGGCCAUCAACAUCCUGGACUGCUUUCUCUCCACCAUUAAGGCCCGUCCAAAGUACCUGCGCUGCAUCGCCAUCUCUUGUUUCUUCCUGGCUGUUAAGACCAGUGAGGAAGAUGAGCGGAUCCCGUCUCUGAGAGAGCUGGCCUCCAGCAGCAGAUGUGGCUGUUCUCCAUCAGAGAUCUUGCGAAUGGAGAGGAUUGUUCUGGAUAAGCUGAACUGGGACCUGCAUUUCACCACUGCACUGGAUUUUCUUUACAUCUUCCAUGCGACGGUUCUGAGCUGUAAGUCUGGGCGUCUUAACGCGGUGUUGUUGGGUCUGAACCCAUCACAGCACGCGGCUCUGCUCACCCAGCAGCUCUUCCACUGUCUGGCCCAUACUGCAGUGCUGCAGGUGCGCGGCUCGAUGCUCUCCCUCACACUCAUCACGCUGGAACUGGAGAAACUCUGUCCUGAUUGGUUCACUCUCACUGUCGACCUGCUGCACAAAGCACAGAUCAAUAGUUCUCAGCUGAUUGGCUGUCGAGAGCUGGUUGCACGUUGCCUGUCCACACACACGGCUUCCCUGCCUCCUAACACUGUGUACAUCUGUCAUUCCCUGCUGCCUCGCAACGGGGGAGCCCUGUCCUCCUGUCAAGACUCCCCCUUUCCGACUGCAACGGGCUGUGACCCUCACCAACCCUCUGACCCCAACACAGACCACACCCACUCAUGCACCAAGCUUCGGCUUCACUGCAAGUCCUCGACCAAGCGGAAGGUGGAACACAUGGAGGUGGAUGAGUAUUUCGAUGGGAUCAAGCGUCUGUACAACGAAGAGAGUCCCCAAGAGGGGAUGCUUCCAUGCAGUGGUGAAAUGGUUGGAGGAGGGCAGGGUUUGAGCUGCAGACCACUUGUGAUACAGCACAAUGCUGGCUCCUCCCCCUGCCCACCUCUCCAACCUGUCAGGGAAACCUAGAGCAAGAACACCUAAACAGUCACAACCGCAGCAAACGUGUUUAUCUGUCAACCUCAGAGCAAGAGAGAGCCAAAAAUACUAACAACAACAACAACAACAAAAAAACAUUCUGUGCAUGAUGCUAUUUCAUAACCAUUGAGCAUAAGCAUAAAAGGGUUUAAAAAAAUCAUUAAAAAAAAUCUAUAUAUUAAAGGAAAUUUUUUUGCCAAAAAAAUAGGAAUGCUCCCCAUCUGUGGAAACAUUUCUGACUUAUUGUUGUUUGUCUCUUUUUAAGUGUAUUCACAACAGUUUUCCUCUCCUUCGUCUUUAACUUUGGUGUCUCUUUUUCAAUUUCCAUGUCAACACGUUUGAGUGCCAAAUUCAUGACUGCCGUUUGCAGUUUUGAUGAAUAUAUUGUUUUUAAGGCCAUGGUUAAAGAGUGGCAUUUAAAAAGAUGUAUAUUAGUUUUGCACAAAUGUACACUCUCUUGGUUCAUGUCUUGGUCUAAUCGCUUGUGAUGUGAUUGUGUGUGUGUGAGCGUUUGAAGGGUGAUAACUUCCCUGUCACUUCCUUGUACUGAGCAUUAACGAUGAAUUGAUGUUACCAUGGCAUUAGAUCACACAUGGCCUGACAUGGUUAGAUUAACUGUUUGUUGCUUGUUCUAAACAUAGUAAUGAUGUAAGUGUUAUGCUGUGUAGAAUAAAAUACAAAAAUAACAUUCUGAAAGGAAAAAAAAAUAAAAAAAGCUUUAGAUCUUCAACAUUCCUUUGCUGAUCAUAACCUUUAUGCACUGUUUUCCUGCUGAAAGCUCUCUCAUGCUCUGAGGUGCUGAUAAUAGUCCGUGCUGCUGAAGAGAAAUCUCCCAAUUCUCAAAUAAAUGAAAACAUACUCUGAA